GACCAUCUACAAAACGGUUUGCCUCUCCUUCUUGCUGGUGAUCACGGUGACGGUGCUGCAGCGGGGAAUGGCCCCCAGUCAGUUCAUGCAGGGCCAGCAGCAGAAAGAGCUGCCCCCUGCGGAGCCCCUCAAAACGCAGAAGAGAGACAACGCCUUCUCCAUCACCAGCACUUUCUGGAAGAGCAAGAAGGAGAAAGCUCCUGUGAAGGAGACGGCGAGCGUGACGGCAAAGCAGGCGAAAUCCUGGGAUGUCACCACUACCAACUGCUCGGCCAACCAGAACUUCAGCAAGGUGGACUGGUUCAAAGGGCUGGAGCCCAACUUCCAGCAGUUCCUACUCUAUCGGCACUGCCGCUACUUCCCCAUGCUGAUCAACCACCCCGAGAAAUGCAGCGGGGACGUCUACCUGCUCAUCGUGGUCAAGUCCAUCAUCACGCAGCACGACCGGCGCGAGGCCAUCCGGAGGACCUGGGGCCAGGAGAAGGAGGUGGAGGGCAAGAGGAUCAGGACGCUGUUCUUGCUGGGCACGGCCUCCAAGGAGGAGGAGCGAGCCAACUACCAGAAACUGCUGGAUUACGAGAACCACAUCUACGGGGACAUCUUGCAGUGGGAUUUCCUGGACAGCUUCUUCAACCUCACCCUCAAAGAGGUCCAUUUCCUGAAGUGGCUGAACAUCUACUGCGACAACGUCCGCUUCAUCUUCAAAGGUGACGACGACGUCUUCGUGAGCCCCAGCAACAUCCUGGAGUUCCUGGAGGACAAGAAGGAGGGAGACAACCUCUUUGUGGGGGACGUCCUCUACAAGGCCAAGCCGAUCCGGAAGAAGGAGAACAAGUACUACAUCCCCAGCGCCCUCUACAACAAGAGCAACUACCCACCCUAUGCGGGUGGAGGGGGCUUCAUCAUGGACGGACCCCUGGCCAAGAGGCUGCACAAGACCUCGGAAACGCUGGAGCUGUACCCCAUCGAUGACGUCUUCCUAGGGAUGUGCUUAGAGGUCCUUAAAGUAUCACCCGUUGGGCACGAGGGCUUCAAAACCUUUGGCAUCGUGAAGAACAAGAACAGCAAGAUGAACAAGGAGCCGUGUUUUUUCCGGAGUAUGUUGGUGGUUCAUAAACUGCUGCCUCCAGACUUGCUCCAAAUGUGGGACUUGGUCCAUAGUAACUUAACAUGCUCAAGAAAACUCAAUGUCCUUUAGCUCAGGCUCUCUGGAGAGCUGGGACUGGAGGGCUCGGGACAACAUCUCUGCUCCGAUGGGGUGGGCCUCUGCUGGUGGCACACAAGUCCUUCAGGGGCAUCAUCUCCCUUGGGGGAGGGCAGAGACACCGCACUCGUGAGCAGGGUUUGUGAUAGUGUUUGUUUCUGUACUGUAACGUGGUUCACUCAUCUCCAGCUGGGUUGGGGGUUGCUGAAAAA